GUGUAAAAGAUUUUAAAUUAUCAAUAGCGUUGCAGAAGUGGAAUGUAUUGCAUAUUAUAUUAUCAUAGAUAAAGUAACAGAGUUUCAACAAAAAUUAUAUUAACAAUGUUUGGCAAAGGUAACGUUAAACUAUCAAUAAAUUCUAACGCGAAAGAAGUUCUAGAAGCAGAAGUCAUAAAAGCACUGCAAAAGGAAGACUAUACAUUAAAUACAGAGAAUAGCUAUGGGGAGAAUUUAUUGCACAUAAGUGCAGCAAACGGCUGUUUUGACAUUAUAAAAGAAAUUUUACAAAAGGAAAGUGCUAGGAACGUUAUUAAUAGAAAAAAUAAAUUUGGAUGGACACCAUUAAUGCUAGCUGUUCGAAAUAGAGAUGAGAAAACAGUAAAGUUUCUGCUAGAAAGAAAUGCUAAUGUAAAUGAUUCAACUUAUCUUGGUCUGUCAGUUUUUGGUCUAGCAGCUGCAAUAGAUAUAAAUAUGUUCCAAAUAAUACACAAAGCAUGUCCAUCUGCAUUAUUAAAUUGUGCACAUGAUGAUAUUACACCACUUUGUAUAGCCGCUAUGAAAAAUGACAAAAACUUAUUUUUUAAUUUAUUGGAUCUAGGGUUUGAAGUUUCAAACAUUAAUGAAUAUACACAUAUCAUGAUGAAAUUAUCAACAGUGCCUGAAAUUGCAAAUUUGGCAGAAGAUCUUGACAUAGAAAGUUACUGGAAUGAUACCUCAGACAACAUUUCUGUAAAAAGUGAAUCAGACACAGAAGAGGAACUGCAUUCUUUGAAAUUGAAAAAUGAAGUUAUUGAGAAGGAAUGUGACAAAGAAAACACAAGUGACAAUAUAGUAUUAUCUUUGACUCCUUUCAUAAAACCAACUCUUGUAUUGCACUCAUCGGAAACAUGCAAUGAUGAGUGUAACAACAAUGUAAUAGUGAAUUCCAAAAAAUGUUCAAAAACAAAACCUUCUAAAUUGAAUUUAUUGAACAAGCAUUUAGAUCCAAUUCAGCACAGCAUAAUUUCACCAAUACUGACUUGUACUCUUGAUAGAAUGCUACCAACAUCUCCAAACAUAUAUUUUACUCAAAAUAAAUGUGAUAAAUUUGAUGUAAGUAUCACAAACAAUGUGAGGGAAGAACAAUUACUUGUGGAACUAUCUUUGCAGAGAUUACAGUCUAUCCGACCACCAGACUUAAAUAUUCAAAACGAUCAAGAGGAUCUUAAUGUCACUCUUACUUAUACGCCUGAAUUUAGUCCUAUACGUUCACCAUAUGUACCUUCAGACCUAAAUGAUGAAAAUGUAUUUGGAGAAAAUACACCAACUCCACCACAUUGUAAAACACCCCCGAGGGGAAUGAUUUUGAACUCAGAAGAAAAGAAAAUGUGUAUUCUAUUAAAACGUCAUGAAUUGAGUCAACAUAUUCCUAUAUUUCUUGAACAAGAAGUAGAUAGUGAACUGUUUAUGACCCUAACUGAUCAAGACUUAAUUGAAAUUGGUAUAAAGGAGAAAUCGGAGAGAAAAGCUAUAUUGGAUGUUAUAAUUGCCUACAACAAAGUAAUGAUGUAA